AUGCCAUCGCCGAGCCAGUCUGACGCCAGGCGCCGCGACGCUAUGACGUCACUGAUCCGCGCUUCGCCGACGAACACACCUCGCCUAACGGUUGAGAAUUCAUGAAUGAAAUCCUAUUUACUAUCAAGUAUCCGGAUAGAGUACGCGCCUGUACGUGGCGGAGGUUCGCACGAGCGCGCGCUACCCCGGGGUUCGUGAGAGAGAACAAUAUCGUCGAAAGGAAAAUCUACGUGGGAGGUAUAUCAACGAAUCGACACGGUUAGCAAGACAACGUCGCGAGUGCCACCGAAUCUUGCGUCGUAAUUAAAUCGAUUGGGGACGCUUCCGCUCUCCCUCCUUCCCUGCCCCCUUCUCUCUCUCUCCGCCUGCACACCUCGAGCAAAUUAAAUCAAACUGUAUCGCUCGCGUUUCGGCACCUGCCUCGAUCGCAGAUUAAUUCGUCGCGGGAAGCAAGGCUUCCGCCUGCGGAUUGAGAUUCACCGGCGAGCUCGCCGAGUGGCGACGUAGUGUACUGGAGGCUCGGGUCAACGAGGGAGGAAGCGUCGCGGUCGCACGCGGCCGAGUGGAACUUAGCGAGUGGAAUUCGACAAGGGAUAUCUCCCCGUGGCUACAAAGGAGAACUUCCCCGGGCGGGGUUUCUAAGAGGGACGUGAGAAAUCCCGCGCCUCGAGAAACUUAUCGUCCAGCAAAUCCCACCUGUCUUCUCUGGGAGACCAGCGCGGAAACGUCGUACGUCACACGUCGGUUGAACUCCCGGGCGCAACGCUCCUCGGUGGUCUGUCGUCUGUAAUUUAGCGAGAUCAAGAGAUGCGAGGCGGACGGUGAAAAUCCGCAACGAAAGAGAGAGAGAGAGAGAGAGAGAAGGAAAGAGACUAGACAGAAGCGAAGUACUCUUUUAGGAUCCUCUCGGCGAGGGGUAGAUCGGUGCGAAACACUCGCGCGCGUUCAGCUCCAGGUUACGAGGAUGGGUAAGAAGAACAGCAAGCUCAAGCAGGCUACCAUCGAUCGCCUCACCACCGACACGUACUUUACCGAGAAGGAGAUACGUCAAUGGCACAAAGGAUUCCUGAAGGAUUGCCCCGAUGGAUUACUAAAGGAACAGGGCUUCAUAAAGAUCUACAAGCAGUUCUUCCCUCACGGUGACCCGUCAAAGUUCGCCUCCCUCGUCUUCAGAGUCUUCGACGAGAAUGCCGACGGCACGAUAGAGUUCGAGGAGUUCAUAAGAGCGCUCUCGGUGACGUCGCGCGGCAACCUAGACGAAAAGCUUCAAUGGGCCUUUCGUUUGUACGACUUGGACAACGACGGCUUCAUCACAAGGGCUGAGAUGUACAAUAUAGUCGACGCGAUAUAUCGGAUGGUUGGACAGCAGCCGCAGGGCGAGGACGAGACCCCGAAGAAGAGGGUCGACAAAAUCUUCGAUCAGAUGGACAAGAAUCACGACGACAAGCUCACGCUCGAGGAAUUCCGGGAGGGUAGCAAGGCCGACCCGAGGAUCGUCCAGGCGCUCUCGCUGGGCGGCGGCGAGUAACCCCUAUUUUCAUCGCAGGCGGCACGCGAUCCUUCGAAAACGGAAUUCUCCACGUCGUCGUCGUUAUCGUAAUUGUGUCGACGUCGAGCUGGGCGAGCCGCCCGUCCCGAUAAUCGGCCGACGAGAAAAGACCUCGGGUGAGAGAAAAAGGCAAGUCCACAUCCGCGCGAUUUGGCAUGCACGUGCGAGUAAUAAGAUAAGGCAAUAACGGUGAGCGAGGCCGGGGGACGUCGUCGUCGUCGGUGAUGCUGAGACUUACGAAUACAUUUUCGGAGAGAUCUUUCUCUCUCGUCUCGAAGAGGAGCUAGUCUACCACUUCUUUUCUACUCUCUUAUUCUAAUACCGAUCUCGUUCUCUCUACACUGUACUUCUUGCUCUCUCUCGGAGAAGAUCGGUUCUCGUUUCCCCGUUGGCGAAUCGAUCCCUCCACCUUAACGAAUCCGAUUUCGAAGAUCUCGAUAGUGUGACAGUAGAUGUCUAGCAGUUUUCGAGCAGUCGUAGCUUUCAAGGAGACUGGGACAUUUUUAGCCUAGGAAGCAUGCGGGAUUUUUGACUACGAAUAAAUUGUUAGUACGAACGAUGAAGACAUACAAAUCACGGGGGAGAGAAUCCCCCGUUCGGGGCGGUUCUCUCGAAAGUUGCAGUUUCCUUUGUCACGUCGUUUCCUUCCCUUCCCACCCCCCUCCCCCUUUCCUUCGCGUCUCCGUUAUUCCGUUGGCAAUGUAACGUCACGGUAAUACGGGUAACGAGUGAAAUUCGAAUACACUCGGCGCGAGCACGCGGCUCAGAAUUUCAACGAGGCUCGCCGGGGUUAUUUCCGAUUACUGCGAGCGCGCGCGAUGCCACAUUAGGGAAAAUGGAAAGAAAAACGAAAAAGGGUCGGAUGGCACGAGAAUAAGCAUUCAAAUGUGGACAACUGAUCGCGCAUUGCGCGUGAAGCGGACGCGACCGCAAACAAACAUUCCAGGAAGUUACAAUGAGCCCGUGCGUAUUUCAAUAACGUCGAGUGAAACAGCCGGGAGAGACACGUGAAUUUCCGCGAUGGAUAGCACAGUGACAACACCGCGGUAACGAAUUCCACUACGGAAAGGUUUGAUGAUAAUAAUAAUCAAGCCUACACCCAGAAAAAUGCUACUGCGGAGAAAAGCGAUUGCUCAGUUCACGUCUUUUCCUCUAAUAAGUAACAAUUAUUUUCAAUGAAGGAUAUUUUUUUGAUUAUAGUCUUAAAAUAUAUUUAUACACAUAUUUUAGAAAACACUCAUGUUGUACUUGAAAAAAGAAUUUUUAUUCUUUUGAAAAAUAUUAUAAAACUGAAUCGAAGAGAAAAGUCUAAAUAAUUAUUUUAACUUAAUGUUCUUAAAAUAUUAAAUUACUAGGAUUCAGAAUCUAUUUUGAAUAAUAGAUUUGCGAAUAUGUGAACUUCUGAAUUAUUCGAUUAUAUUUAUUUAAUUCAAUACAUAUUUUUUUGUGUGUACACAGAAGUUUAUUUUAAAUAACUUGUUUUAAAUAAAUGAUGAGUAUUUUGAAACUAUUACCAAGAAGAUAUUUUUUGCAAAGAUUAUCUUUAAAAAAUUAAAAAAAUGAUUAAAUUGUUUUUCUUAGUACAAGAAUAUUUUUAUGUGUGUAGAUAAUUGUUACUAAGUUUUGAUGAAAUGAUUUCAAUUUAAUGCUUAGCUAAUGUAAUCAAAUAUUUAGUAACCAUUUGGUAAUCGAGUGGUUAUUAUUGUCAUUGAUUACUAUUAAUAUAAUUAUUAAACAUUACUGAAUAUUUGGUUAGGGUAAGUUAGGGUAUGAUGAUCAUACG